UGAUGAUUUCCCGUAAUUUUUAAAUUUUAGGUUGGUCUGGAGAAGGAAAUUCUAGAACUGAAGUCUGAAAAGGAUUCCUGGGCCCAGACAGAGGCUGGUUUUGGGCCAAAGAUGAAUCAGUUGGUGGACGAGGCUUCAUUAUUAAAUUUAAAAGUGGUGAGCCUAGAAGAAACAGUAAAAGAGAUGGAAAGAGAGAGAGAUUCCUGGAUGCUGAAAGAGAACUCAGCAAGGGAAUCUAUUUCCAGCCUGACCGCUGAUAACACCAAAUUAAGAGCUCAGGUGGAGGAGCUGGAGCUAUCCAGGGACACUCUCUUUAGCGAAACACAACAGUUGAAAGAAUUCGUUUCAAGUCUACAGUUACAGAUUAAUAACCUUGAGAUGGACAAACAGACUCUAGAAAAUGGUCAUGCAAACUACGAGGCAGAAGCUGCUAGUGCACUGGUUGAGAAAUUGGUUGCAGAAAAUGCAGAGCUUGUUGAAAAGGUUAGUGAAUUGCAUGCUGAGCUUGAACAGAGACGUGUAAGAACUGAACAAUUUCCCAAUGUUGGCUCAGUUCCCGGUGCUGUAAGUGCUCAAUCUGCUGAAGUAUCUGGUGCUAGUGAGACAAUCACUGUCUCAGGCGGCAUCCAGUCUUUGGAAGAUGUCAUAGUCAAAGAUGAGAGGGAUGACGAGCUUGUGAACGUGAAACCUGGUGUUGCAAAUUCUUCAGAAAUAAUAGAGGAAGACGAAAUCGUGCAAAUUCCAUUGGAUGAGAAUGAAGCAGUGAAGGAAAGUAAUAUGGAUGCUGCUCAAAAUGAUGACAAUGUGGAUGUCUCGCUCACUGAUUCACCGUUGGUUGGCGCUCCGUUCCGUUUGAUAUCAUUUGUAGCUAGGUAUGUUAGUGGAGCUGAUUUAGUGAAUGCCAACACUGGCUGAUCAGACUAGGCAGACUGAAACAGAGAUUUUUGGAAUAGAUAGAGAGAGAUACAGCCAUAGAAGUUUUCUAGAAAGAGCUAGUUAUAUUUAUACAGUUUUCUGUUAUGUAGAUUAACAAUGUAGAUUGAUUAACGAUUGAUAAAACUACUGUUACUGACUUGUUA